UCCUGCAUCGCCAUAGAAACCAGGCUUAUUGUUUGCACAGGAAGUUACUCAGUUGUAGAAGUGGAGGAGAACAGACAUUCUUACCCGACACACAAGGCGAUAUAGUGAUGUGGCUUCGGCGCGAUCUGUUAAACAUAUAAAUGGUUCUGAUAGGUGAAUCUGGUGUGGGAAAGAGCAACCUGCUGUCGCGAUUCACCAAGAACGACUUCAACCACGACACCCGCACCACCAUCGGGGUGGAGUUCAGUACGCGAACGGUGCAGCUCGGCAGCUUCACCAUCAAGGCCCAGAUCUGGGACACGGCGGGACUGGAGCGAUACCGGGCAAUCACUUCUGCGUAUUACAGAGGUGCUGUCGGAGCGCUGCUGGUCUAUGACAUCACCAAACACCUAACCUAUGACAGUGUGGAGCGCUGGCUGAAGGAGCUGUACGACCACGCCGACCCGCACAUUGUGGUCAUGCUGGUGGGCAACAAGACAGACCUGGAGUCCGACCGAUCUGUACCCAGCGAGGAGGCCAAGGACUUUGCAGAAAAGAAAGGUCUUUUGUAUCUGGAGACGUCAGCCUUGAACUCAACUAAUGUGGAAGCGGCGUUCAACAAUGUCCUGGCAGAGAUUCACAGGAAGGUGAGCAGUAAGGAAGUGGUCCGAGGCUCCAUCAGCGCCGUGUCCCUGAACAGCUCAAGAGCAGAAAACACGGAGGAGAGUAAACCCUGCUGCAGGAACAUCUGAUCACAGCCUCCAUCCUCCAUCAGUCCAGGGGCCCCUCAGGGUGGGCAACAGGUGGACUCCUCGUUCAACCAUCACCCUAUGCUUGAGCUUGUCAAGAGGCAGGCUACACGGCAACCGUGGGUACCGAUAUUAACGGUCCUGGCUUAAUGAUGUCUCUUUCAAAUGACUGAUUUACAAGUGUCACCCAUCUGCAUGAUGCACAAAAGAUGAUCGAUUAAAUGUGAACGAAUGUAGCUGAAAAACCAGCAUCAGUCUUUUAGGUCCCUGCUUACCGCUGAACAUAGGUCAUGGGUUAAAAACUUAACUUUGUUACCUGUAUAAUAGUAUAUUUAUAAACCAUGCUAAAAAAAUUGAAAAAUCAUGGCACAUUUAAUGCUUUAAAAGUAAAAGACACAAGACUUGUUCUAUGUUUUCUUCAAAUCAAGAGUCUGGUUGAAUGUUUUAUGUACGGUCUUGCUGUCGCCGCAGCGCUUGAUGAUGAGAGACAUAAAUGAUUUGCGGAGACGGUUAUCCAGAUGUGUGUUACAUGUGUUUUUGUGUAGAAGAAUUUUCGUGUGAUCAGAAAUACCAGAUGAGUAAGGUUUACCACCUCAGCAGUUACUCACUUUAAAUGAAAAGCGCCACAUUCUCCAAAACUGGAAAAAAAAAAAAAUUUCCUUGUGGUAAGCUCAGCAUCUCUGGAAAAUCUCAAAGGUUGUUUUUUUUUAGCUGUUUCUGAUCCCUGAAACCGUUCCACUCUGAAGGCUGCGCUGCCUCGAGGGUCGUAACCUUACAGGAACUUCCUAAUGAGGUCUGAAACACCUGGAGACCUCAACAUUAGAAUAUAUAUGAGGAUGCGAAGAUGUAGAAAAAGUUUUGGGGGGAGAAAAAAUUAUUCUGAGUUGCACGACAUCCAUGUCGGCCUUUAAUCAAACAUGGAUAUCAGCCGGUCUGUUUUGUCCUCGUCUGAUAUAAGGAAAAGUUCCUGUAUAUAAAAUCAUUGAAAAACAAUACAAAAGGAGUGUAUACCACCAGUAGGCGGCAGGGAGGCUCUGGGCUCUUUUUUUUGCAGUGUCGUAAAUUCACUAAAAUUAUAUUUUAUUGACACGUUGAAUCGUUAAAUAGCUUUUUUCAUGGGUUUUCCCACUCUCUGGGGUUUUAUGGUGGAAAACACUGAUUAUACUGCUCGACAUCAUGUAUAUUGUCAUACUGUUUAAACCAUGUUUUGUGCUUUCUUUUGUUCUAUUUUAAUGCAUAUAAUGGUUUAUCUAGAUAACAAAUAUGGCUUUGUACAUAUCUUAUGCAUGUAUAAUCCCACAUUUCAAGAACUAUAUCUAACAGUAGCAUCGUAUAUAUUUUCUUGUCAAUGUUACAGGCCAAAAUGUUUGAGUCUAAAUAGAAUAGUAUAUGGUACAGUAUAAAGUGAACUUCACCGUGUGCUUGAUUUUAGCAUUGAUUUUAAAGUUACAUUUCUGCUGUUUGGAGUUGGGAAGGACUGACAGUUUAUACGUUUUUUAAAUUGCUUUUAAACUGUUUGGAUCCAAAACACCAGCAGAGUCAGAAAUGAUAAAACCGACACAGUCGUCAUAAUCCUGAAUCCUGUUUUCUCUGUAUCCUUGCUGUAAAUUCUUUUAAUCUCAAUAAAGAUUUAUGCAAACACA